GUGAUGUGGCGCGAUAUUUUUUUAUAUUUAACACUAAUCGUUUUAUUUUUCUUUAUUUUCUUGGCACAAUUAAUUGUCAAUGUGUAUGCAUUUCAACGUCAGCCCCCCGUACCCAAACCAAAUGCCGAACGUAAUGAUAUAAUCUUUGUUUAAAAAUAGUAACGGUUGUAAUUAAAAAUAGUGUGGCGAGGAAAACAACAGCAACAAAGUAAAACAAUUUGAAGGCAUGACAGAAAUUAAAAAA